AUGAAAGACCUUUCUGAUCAAAUGGAAGAUUCUCCCCUCGAUCUUUCAAUGUCCCUUCUUUCUCGAGCUUUAGCGAGUUCACCACCAUCGGCUGAAGACGAACGGAAAUCUGUAUCUGGAGACAGUUCUGCAGCUAGUUCACAAGGCGAUCUACCAGAAACGGCAGUACCUACACCUAGGGCGAGGCCACGGGAAAGGACUCUUCUGCCUUGUGGUGUCUGUAGUAAAGCUUUCGAUAGACCGUCAUUGCUCAAAAGGCAUAUGAGGACGCACACAGGAGAAAAGCCUCACGUGUGCAUGGUAUGUGGAAAAGGAUUUAGUACAUCAUCUUCUUUAAAUACACAUCGAAGGAUACAUAGCGGAGAGAAGCCACAUCAAUGUCCUGUAUGUCUAAAACGAUUCACAGCGUCAUCGAACUUAUACUACCACCGCAUGACACAUAUAAAGGAUAAACCACACAAGUGUAACUUAUGCAGCAAAUCGUUCCCCACCCCCGGCGAUCUUAGAUCUCACAUGUACGUCCAUUCAGGUUCAUGGCCCUUUAAGUGCCACAUUUGUUCUAGAGGAUUUUCAAAACACACAAAUUUGAAGAAUCACCUCUUCCUCCACACUGGUAAGCCGAACGGUACGCGCAAGGGCUGAAUAUUCUCAAAAAUUUGAAAAAUUUGUAAGUGAUCUUAGUUUAAGAGUUAUUUAUAUUAUUGUUAUCAAUUUCUCUAUUUAUAUAAAUGGAUAUAUUUUUUGUAAUACGUAUUAGUUUACGUACUCAUAUGUAUAAAUUGUAUAUAAAUAAAAAGUCUUGUAAUAUA